CACAUAGAUGAUUCUUUUAGUCCUAAUUUACAAAUAUUUGUUAGUAUUUAUGAAGAAGAGAUUUUAACUUAUUCAAAUAAUCAAAUAAUUAACUCUAUAAAUAAUAAAGCACAAGAUCAAA